GCGGAAGCGAGCGGCGCCGCGAGCGGCCGAGUGUAGACGCAGGCGGUUCCUUAACCGGCGCGGAAGAGAGCUGGAGGUUCUCAUUCUGGAAAUCCUGGGGCUGGUACUGAGAUUUUACAUUCUACCAGGUUCCCAGCUGAUGCCAGUUCUGGUUCCUGGGCAGUGAAGAUCAGAACUGACAGUAAAAAAUAAUUCUGCCCAACACUGACAUGUGAGAGCGUGUUGCCUAGUGAAUCGUACAAGGGGUGAUCAGCGUAUGACCUGCUAAGGAGAGGUUCUAGACAAAAUAGAACUUGGAAAUUUGCUAAAUCAAGAAUGAUGGAUCCGUGUUCAGUUGGAGUCCAGCUUCGUACGACAAAUGAGUGCCAUAAAACCUAUUAUACUCGUCACACGGGUUUCAAGACUUUGCAGGAAUUGUCAUCAAAUGAUAUGCUUUUGCUUCAACUUAGAACUGGAAUGACGCUUUCCGGGAACAAUACAAUUUGCUUUCAUCAUGUAAAAAUUUACAUUGACAGGUUUGAGGAUUUGCAGAAGUCAUGUUGUGACCCAUUUAACAUACAUAAAAAACUAGCCAAAAAGAAUCUGCAUGUGAUCGAUUUAGAUGAUGCCACUUUUCUGAGCGCAAAAUUUGGAAGACAGCUUGUACCUGGAUGGAAAUUGUGUCCAAAAUGUACUCAGAUAAUCAACGGGAGUGUAGAUGUUGAUGCUGAAGAUCGUCAGAGAAGAAAACCUGAAUCAGAUGGAAGAACUGCAAAAGCUUUGAGGUCAUUACAGUUCACGAACCCAGGAAAGCAAACAGAAUUUGCCCCAGAAACGGGUAAAAGAGAAAAAAGAAGACUUACCAAAAAUGCAUCUGCUGGUUCAGAUAGACAGGUGAUACCGGCGAAGAGUAAGGUCUAUGAUAGUCAAGGCCUCCUGAUUUUCAGCGGCAUGGACCUCUGCGACUGCCUUGAUGAGGACUGCUUGGGAUGUUUCUAUGCUUGUCCUGCCUGUGGUUCUACCAAAUGCGGAGCCGAGUGCCGCUGUGACCGCAAGUGGCUAUAUGAGCAAAUUGAAAUCGAAGGGGGAGAAAUAAUUCAUAACAAGCAUGCUGGGGAUCUUCUCAAUUGGAAGAAUGGAACAUAAGUACAAACGUUACAUGGUCAGAUGUGGGCAUUGGGGUUGGAAAUCUGCCACCUGCAACACUGGCAUUCUUUAUGGAUGCCAACUGAAUUCUCAGCUUCUUCACCUUCGAUACAACUCCUUGCCGAUGGUCCAGGAGAAGCAGUGAAGAUGGUCCAAACACCGGAGCUCAUGCAGUCAUGUUGGAAUCCUACAAGAUUCUGGCUUUGGUUUAGGCCUGGCCCAACACUGGCCAUUCCAGCCAUCUGUUGAGUGAACUUGUGGAUGGAAGAUCUCUCUCACUCUCUACCUUUCUCUCUCCCUCCCUCUCUAUAACUCUGCCUUUCAAGUGAAUAAAAUAAAUCAUUCACAAA